ACCCAGUAGUCCCUAAAGAAAGCCCUAAAGCACGCACAGCAAAAACUCGUUCGUUUCAAUUUGCACUCGAGGCAGCCGCCACAACCACCUCCCUUGCGCCCUCAUCUCAUCCGCUCAACUCUACCGGUUGCGGAAGUCGAUUCAUUGACCAAGAUGCAGAACGAAGAGGGAGUUAUCACUGAGCUUUACAUUCCCAGGAAAUGCUCGGCCACCAACAGGUUGAUAACUUCAAAGGACCACGCGUCCGUUCAGAUCAACGUCGGGCAUCUGGAUGAGAAUGGCAUCUACACAGGCCAGUUCUCCACUUUUGCUCUCUGUGGUUACGUCCGCGCUCAGGGAGAUGCCGACAGUGGUCUGGACCGACUCUGGCAGAAGAAGAAAGAUGAAGUUAAACAACACUAGGAAGAGAAAACUGUUUUUCUAGUGUUUCUUCUUUGGACAUGUGUUCUUGAGUAUGGAAGUGUUUAAUUAGUGAACUGAUACGAGUUGGCAAUUUUUUGGUGUUACGUCUUGAACUGGGUUUUUUUUACUGUUAUUGAGUAGUUAAACUUUUACUUAUUGGAGUAUCGUGAAA